CGGAUCUGCGAGUAACCUCCAUAUGUCCAUGGUGUGUACGCAUCAGCAUCCUUCGUGUUCAUCGUGUUUCGAGAGAGUUGUGAAUAGGUUAUCCUCAUACACGAUGCUGGCACGACGGUUUCUGAGCAGAAAACAACUGUGGCAUGCUUCGUGCGUCUGCACGCCCGUCCGGCAAACGCAAAGCCAGCGCGUUAGCCAUGCCCUGGACACGAUUAACCUCGAAACGCGACUACCGGCACCCAUCAAGAAGGAACCGCAACGGAAACCGUUCAUAAAAAAUCUGUUCCUUACCACGUUCGAUCACGAGUUUAUGUACUAUCCUGAGCCGCAAACUAAGGAGAGGCAUCAGCGUUUCUUCGAGUGGCUCCAGCCCAUCGAGAAGUACAUGUCGGAGUGUCUGGAGAAUAUGGAAAACGUCCAGAAAGAUGACAUUUUGGCUCAUCUGAGAGAGCUGGGCGUCUUUCGGGCGUGCGUGGACGUGGAGCAUCUCGGUCUGAGCCUGAAUCACUCUGAGACGGCUAGGCUGGUGGAGGUGCUCAGCUGCUUACCCUGGCUAGGGUGCUACAUGAUCAAAAAUCACGUCAUACCCGUUUACAUCAUCUCCACGCUGGCUUCAGACGAGCAGAAAACCAAGUAUCUGCCGAAGAUAGCAACUGGAGAGCUCGUACCAACAGUGUGCUUCACCGAGCCCGAAAGCGGAAUAAACACGCAUAACAUCAAUAGCACAGCCGCAGAGUCAGACUGCCGUACGCACUGGAUAUUAAACGGCGAAAAGACGUUCGUGGUUAACGGCCAUGACGCCAAUCUAUUUCUCGUCUUCUCUCACUGCGGGUUUGCCGAUGCAAUCAGCAAUAAGCAGACUCCUCUGUCCGUGUUUCUAGUGGAACAAGAUUUCGGCGGUGUUGUGAGCAAGGAUAUUAAAAAUAUGGUUGGACUCCGAGACAGUCCUGUUUGUACAGUUACUUUUCAGAAUACCAAAAUUCCAAAGAAAAAUCUUCUAGGCAAUCUAAAAUCAGGAACAGACAUACUGAUAGACAUUCUCGCUCCUGGAAACAGAAACAUUGCUCCACAAGCAGUUGGUGUACUGAAGGCUUUUACAAAAGUAUUGACGAGGCAUGUAUUACAGAGGAAACAUCUAGAUAGAAAUAUGCACGAGUAUGAAGGUGUUCAUGAGAUUAUAGGUAGGAUAGCGAGCACCCUUUAUGGCAUGGAAAGUAUGCUGUACCAUACUACUGGCAUAAUGGAUACAUUUGAAAAUCAAGAUUGCAUGCUGGAGAAGGCCAUGAUGGAGACGUAUUGCGCCAGCGAGUGCGUUGCGCGUAUCUACGAGGGACUACAACUGAUCGGAGCGCAGAGUUACUUGAAAGAGAAUCCUUAUAUACAGUUUCUUGAAGAUACAUUGUCAUAUACCCUGUUCGACAGUUGCAAUCUCGAUUCGAAUACAUAUAUAGCUCUAGUUGGUCUACAACACAUGGGCAAAAAUCUACGCGAUCACAUUUUCAAGCUACGAAACCCCUUCAAUUUUCCUGAGUACAUAUUCAAGUGGACCUUCGGUAAAGACUAUCGGCAGCGGUUGCAGAUUGCCGAUCAUUUGCAUCCAUCAUUGUCAUUAGGUAGCAAAGAAUUGGAGAAGUGUAUCACCAAAUUGAACUCCGCUUCGAUAUUGAUGCUGGAACGCCAUGGCACAAUGAUACCUGAAAGACAAAUAGAACUGCGACGACUUGGCGAAAUGGCGACGAGAACGUAUGCGCUGAUCGCAGUCCUUUCCCGCGCAUCCAGGGCGUAUUCCAUUGGCUUGAGAAAUCAUGAUUAUGAUCGGAACAUGGCAGAUAGUUUCGCGAUUAUCUCCAUAGACAGAGUACAGACUCUCUUCGAUGAAAUCGCAUCGGGAGAAUGGAACAAUGGCGAUAAGUUUAAUACAAAUGUUGCCCAACUUAUGUAUAGCAAGAAGGAUUAUUUUGCCGAACAUCCACUAAACAGAACCUAUUAAACCAUUCAACAGAUUAGGUUUACUUUAUACAUGUGUAUGUAUAAUAGAAAAGAUGACAAACACAUUUGCUUAAUGUGAUCAAUGUAUUUAAAUUGUAUAAGCAACCACAAUAUAAUACUUGCAAGUUGUACAUAUUCGAAUCUAUAAUUCGAAUUGUAUUCAUAUUGAUAUAUUUGUAAAUUAUUUCCAACCAAACUACUGUUUUUUUUAUGUUAUAAUUAAGAUAGUCAUUGUAAGUAUACUGUAAAAAAUGUAUAUUAAUACUGAACUCGCUUCUAAAAAACAGAAUGAAAAGGAAUACACAUCGUUUUCCACCGAGAUUUCUGUAUUUAUACGUUAGUAGCAAUUGUACAGUCGUAUCUCACACUGUACUUAUGUACUAAUAUCGAGAUGGAAAGUAAAAUAAAUGUUCUUAGAUUCUC